AUGGCACGCCAAGCAGAUCGCCUUCACAUGAUUGGGUUGGAAGGCUUUGCACUAAUAGAUGAGUGGUACGGGUGCCCUAGGAGGCAUUCAACUUCUCAAGAACACCAACAGCAACGGUAUGAUUAUUGUGGAAUCCAAGUUCCUAUGGUGAAAAUGGAUGUUAUCUACAACAAGGAGGCAGUUAAAUAUUAUAGUGGGGUGGUGAUUAUGGAUUAUCGAAAGAAAAAGUAA